GAACAAUGUUGAAGGUGAUGUUGAAGUCAGACCAGGGUACUGCAGGCUGCCAUUAGCAACUUAAUUAUCGUUAUAACGUCUUCUGUGUGAGAUUUCUUUUAUAAUCAGUUCACGGACAUACAUCUGGUGUAUUUUUGUAUUUACACGAAGAUUGACCAAGAAGAUUGAGAAUGCCAUUUUUACAUUCACUAUAAUGGGGGAUCCUGUUUCCUGCAAACGAUGCCUGUAGUACCGCGUCGGCCUUGAAUUUCUGUGGCUUCAGUGAGAGGGGGCAGUCGUUCUCCCCUGGACCAACUCACAAGCCUCUAAUUUAAGCCUUUUAGUAAAGGCGGAAACAGAUUGAGUGCGAUAUCCCAUCUCUUCACGUAUAGAAAGUCUUUGACCAAGCAAUCAACAGUGAACGCUUGGGGAGGGGGGGGGGGGAGAAGUGUGAGAGCAGUGACCGCUAGCUGCAUGUCAGCGACAUAUAGAAGAGCCAGGAAGGGGAGUAUCUAAAGAAGGGGGGUGGUGAACAGGGAUUUGGGCUCCUUCUUUCAUAUUUGGCUGUAACGUUAUCAAUUGAAUUUCUCUAUAUUGUUCCAAAUUAACUAUUUUGCCUACAAGGGGAACGCCACUCAACAACAGCUGUAGCUAGCUACCGCCAUCUCCCGCAGUCUGAGCGAUCGCCGUGUCUUCCAUAAGAUGGGAAACGCUGCUACCGCCAAGAAAGGCAACGAGCUGGAGAGCGUGAAAGAGUUCCUAGCCAAAGCCAAAGAAGACUUCUUACGGAAAUGGGAAUGUCCACCACAGAGCACGACGGGCCUAGAUGACUUUGACAGGCUAAAGACCCUGGGUACAGGCUCGUUUGGAAGAGUCAUGCUGGUCAAACAUAAAGGAACAGAGCAGUUCUUCGCCAUGAAAAUACUGGACAAGCAAAAGGUGGUGAAACUCAAGCAAAUAGAACACACGUUAAAUGAGAAGAGAAUAUUGCAGGCUGUGUCUUUUCCCUUCCUCGUCAGACUUGAUUAUGCCUUCAAGGACAACUCCAAUUUGUACAUGGUGAUGGAGUAUGUUCCAGGAGGAGAGAUGUUUUCACAUCUAAGACGAAUCGGAAGGUUCAGUGAACCCCACGCACGGUUUUACGCGGCCCAGAUAGUGCUGACAUUUGAGUACCUCCAUUCACUAGACCUUAUCUACAGAGAUCUGAAGCCUGAGAACCUUCUAAUCGAUCAGCAUGGCUACAUCCAGGUGACAGACUUUGGAUUUGCCAAGAGGGUAAAAGGCAGAACCUGGACGUUGUGUGGAACUCCAGAGUACCUGGCACCCGAGAUCAUCCUCAGCAAGGGCUACAACAAAGCAGUGGACUGGUGGGCCCUGGGGGUCCUUAUAUAUGAGAUGGCUGCUGGAUACCCUCCCUUCUUCGCUGACCAGCCUAUUCAGAUCUAUGAGAAGAUUGUGUCUGGAAAGGUCCGCUUCCCAUCCCACUUCAGCUCUGACCUGAAGGACCUGCUGAGAAACCUGCUGCAGGUGGACCUGACCAAACGCUAUGGCAACCUGAAGAAUGGCGUCAACGACAUCAAAGGACACAAGUGGUUCGCUACAACGGACUGGAUUGCCAUCUACGAGAGGAAGGUGGAAGCCCCGUUCAUACCAAAGUGUCGAGGCGCUGGCGACACGAGCAACUUCGACGACUACGAGGAGGAGGAGAUCCGUGUUUCCGUAACGGAAAAAUGCGCAAAGGAGUUUUCCGAGUUUUAGGACGUGCACACGUGGAUAUAUCAGGGCUAAAACACACAUGAAAAAUAAGGGGAUCUUUGCACUCUUCUAAAGACUUGGGGUUGGAGCAGAGACCAUUGUUCAACUAUUACUACGUAGUUCCUUCAUUCCACAAGGCUGAAUGAGGUCGCCAUGAUCCUUGGGUGCCAAUGAUAACACCUUUACUGUCACACAUACCUGCGUAUUAAAGCAGACACAACACCUUUUUUUUAUCCCCUCUACCCACUCUGUUUUUGAACUUUGAAGCAGUUGUUGUCUUGGAUGUUGUGCUCCCCUUUACAGAUGUGAUAUUUUUCGAUUUAGGAGGAAAACCAGAGAGGGUAACUAUACGAGAGAGGCCAAUUUCAUAUAAGUCCACACAGUGUAACUUCAAACCGACUUGUCUGUGGCAGUAUCACACAUGGUUGUGUGGUUUUGUAGGGCAGUGCCUCCAGUCGUCAACAGUUUCGAUUUUAUGGUCUGUUACAAAUCUGAUGUUUUUCAAUAGAAAAUUAUUCUCACCUUCUACUAGGACAAUGUUUUGGCCAGCUUUCAGAAAUAGUAUUUGUCCUUUUUGUAUAUUUUGUCACUAAGACGCUUAAAGAUUAAACACCAUUGCGUGCUAAGAGCAUGACCAAAAUACAACUAAUUGGGUGACAGAGGAAGAGUAGUCCCUUUCUUUGCCUGUCUGUAGAACCCUUUAGACCAAUUCCAACGGCCCCACAAAGCGUCCAUUCUCUGGCCCAUUGGUAUUCUAGCCCAGUAACGGGGAAGUCAUUGCAGGGAAUGGUGAACCCAACUACAAACAGAAAAUAACAAAACCGUGGUCAGAGAAAUUCUAGAAUAUGUUGAAUUUGUAUUCUCCUUUUUAUUUAACAUUUUAAUACAUGGAUUAAAACUGAAGGUUUUUUGUUCCCUAAGAUUUCAGGUCCGCUAAUAAAGAAAGGACACUUUUAAAUGAAUUUGUGGAGCUGCGGAGCUCCUGAUGCGUUAAAGUGAAAUCAAGUCCUUUUGAGGUGCGCUCUUUAAAUUGAUCAGUGUGUAUUGUGUUGUGGCUUUUGCCUCAACAUUGUUAGUAAAACCAGUACACACUUCAUAACAAUAUAUUGAUGCUAAGCAGUCUUGCAAACUCCUCAAAAGGGAUUGCAAAACACUAUUUUUUCCCCCCAUGUUUUUCCCUAUUGCUGUUCUUGACUUCCCUCCUUUCCUUGUUUGUUUCAUUCUUAUGACAGAAUGUAGUGUUGCAACUUAUAGGUAUGCAUAGUUUGAAAUGCUUGAUUAAGGUACAUUAGUGUUUUUCUCACAGACAUACACUGGCAAAAAAACAAACAAGACUGCUCCUUGACCUUUGUAUCACAUAUAAUCCAGUCAUUGUUCAGCUCAUUACAUUAUAAGUAUAUGCAUUGUUUCAUAUGUUUUUAUUUAUACACAUUAGAGAUGCUAAUACAUUUUAUUUUUUAAAGUGUCAACGUUUGGAAAGUUUUUUGUAAUCUUGUAAAUAACGGCAUACUGCUCUAGGAGUGUUCAUGUGUGGGCCUUAUAUUUGUCAAACUAUAUAAAGCAGGAUAACAUCUGAGA